AGGAAAAAACAAAAUUUGCACUCUUAUGUCAUACUAUAAUUAUUUAUAGUGCGUCAUGUACAGAAAAAAGGGGGUAAAUUUUACAAUUAUUUUAGAAUUUUUGUUGUAAGAAAUGUUAGUGCGCUGGAAGGUCCUCUUCACUUUGGGUUUCAUCGUGUGGUUUUUGUUGUGCAUUGUGGACUAUUUCUUCGGCGAUGUCAACAAAAUCACGAAAAUUACAGAAGAAGAUAAAAAAAUAUUCGAUGUGAUUGAUUACGUUGAGGAUCGGAUAGAGCCCGAAAUUAAGCGAUCCGUCGUCCAGAACGAUCUUUCAAUAACACAAUGGAUCUUUUGGAACAUGGGUGUAUUUCUUACGACAGUCUUUGGAUGUUUUGCACUAAAAGCUGUCAUUUCUAUACGAAGUUUACUUAACUAUACAAAUUCAGAAACUACCCAAACAUUUGUUGAGAGAAUGGUUGGUGGUAAUCGUUUAAAAAGAUCAAACAGUUCGAGUAGAAUUCCCGUUCCUAUAACUAAAACAUCUUCGAUUUUUAAGCAAUCGUCUCAAGACAUAGACUUCAAAAAUGAUAUCACCUCCAGUUGCUUUAGUUUAUCUACAAUUUCAACAGAAGAAUGCAAGGAUUUGGAUAAGCAAAGCGAAAUAAGCCGAAAAUCGGAACUCUUCAUCCCAGAAAACAAAGAAUCCGAAAAACAAUGCAAUAGAUUGCGCAACGAAAUGAUGCAUUUACAAUCUAGUUCGCUUAAAGAACAAGCGGCGCUCAAUAAAAAAGUUGAACUCAUUGGCAAAGAAAGACGAGAGCUUGCGAAACAGUUGACUGUUGCACGAAAAGAAAAUCGAACUUUGAAGAAUCAAUUGGAGGAGUUGAUUAGCGAAAAGGGGAUGUUGCUGAAAAGAUUAGAGUCAGCAGCCAGGGAAUUUAAAGUUAAUAUUAAAUCGAAGAAGGCCGCCAUGGAACGACUGGAGCAGGCCGAAUGCCAAAUUCAAACGCUCACCGAGCAACUGGAUUUUUCUAAUAAGCAAAAGGAAAUUUUGGACAGACAACUGAAACAAAUGGAACAAGAACUGAUUAAUCUUAAUGGGAAAAUAAGUAACGAAUCCUACCUUGGUAAACCGUCGAUGGAAAUUUUCGAUAAAUCUGCGGAUUUUUCGUCUGAUACUGAAGAAGGUAAAGUUAAUAAAACGCCAUUGAAGGAACCAAAUAAUAAUGCUGAGCUCAGUCCUCGGCCACGGGAAGUUUCCCAAAACCGUGUGGCAGUACAAAAAGUCCAAAUGCGACUUUUCAAUUUGGAAAAAAGUUUAGAACGAUUUAGAGAACAAACGUUACUGAAAAAAGACGAUCCUACAACUACCAGUGCCCCAAAUAGUCCCAAACAACAAUCAGAAUUAACAACUGAAGAUUCUCCUCCUGAAGUGCCCGGUUUUAUAGAUAGAACUGCUUCUGACUAUUUGGAAAUGAACGAUUUUUUAAACAGAACGGAUAAUCUUACCGAUGAGCAGAGACAGGAAAUAUUAAAACCUCAAACACCAAAAAUGCCGGCUAAUAUAGAAUUGGAAGAAAAUAUUCCACCCUCCAUCCCCGAACUCGCAUCGGACCACAGCGACAUAAGCGAACACUGUCCUCAAUCACAGGUUAAUCUCAUGCUUAGCCUCUUCAAGUCGGUAAAAGGAAAGGUGGAAGUUCGUGGUGACGAGUUUUGUACGGACGACGAGUCUGUUUCGAUAGUGAGUACAACAAUGAGCAGUCAAGUUGACGAGGAAUCGAAAGAAGAUUGCGAUGCUAACGCCAGUUCGAGCCAGAAAAGGAUUGUCAGCAGUUCGCCUGCUUUCCAAAAGUUCCUCAAGAAUCUGGACGGCAUCGAGAAAAAGACGACCGCCAUUCUCAAUCACAUUUUUUAAAUUUCGGAAUUCAUUAACUAUCGCAAUUGCUACCCUUAUUUGUGUGUCCCCCAAUUUUUUGUGUUUUGCUUUUUUUUUCCGUACAAUAUGUAUCACAAUCUGCAUGUUAUUAAGUAUUCCUGAAUGUCGGUUUUCAAUAAACGACCCUCU